AUGUCAAAUAUAUAUGACAAUUGGGAGAGAUUGGUGGGAGCUGUGAUCCGGAGAGAGCAACUAUGGCAAAUGUUUCACGAUCAGAGCCCAAGUGACAGCUCCAUAUCGUCUGAUUUCAGUUUGGAUUCUCAAGUCCUUGAUGUGCCUUAUGAUUUUUCAAUCCCUGGAGCUUCUUCUCCGUAUCAUGAGCUACCUCCAUCCGCAGUUGAAAAUUUGCAGAAGAAAGAAAAAUCUGUUGAGAAGGAAGUUUCUGGCCUGGUAUUUGUUCAGAGUUUUAGUCCUCUUUCUGACCUUGAGGACAUGUUGAGAUCUACUGCUCAGUUUCUGGGGAAGGGAACAUUUGGAAGUGCAUAUAUGGCAGCAAUGGAUAAUGGAAUCACAGUUGUGCUCAAAAGAUUGAAUGCAGUGAAGAUUCCGGAAAAGAAGUUCAGACAACAGAUGGAGGUAAUUGGAAAUGUCAGGCACGAAAACGUGUGUGCAUUGAAGGCGUACUAUUUUUCCAAAGAUGAAAAACUCGUGGUGUAUGAUCAUUACAGUAAUGGCAGCGUAUCUGAAAUGUUACAUGGGCUAACUGGCGAGAAUUGGGCUCAAUUAGACUGGGAAACCCGACUAAGAAUUGCAGGGGGUGCCGCAAGGGGUAUUGCUCACAUUCACAAGCAAGGUGGUGGGAAGCUUGUCCAUGGGAACAUAAAAUCAUCAAACAUUUUCCUCAAUUCAGAACAAUAUGGAUGUGUGUCUGAUCUUGGCUUGGCUAGCAUGAUACCAAUACCAGUCAAGCGAACUGCUGGAUACCAUGCCCCAGAAGUCAAGAACACCCGUAAUGUGUCCCAAGAGUCUGACGUGUAUAGCUUUGGAGUCCUGCUGCUUGAACUUCUCACUCGGAAGUCCCCUUUACACGCCAUAGGUGGCAAUGAGGUUGUCGACCUAGUCAAAUUGGUUAAUUCUGUCAAUGGUAAGGAGCGAGCUAUUAAUAUAUUUGAUGUGGAGCUCUUGAUAAACCGUAACUUAGAGGAACAAAUGGUAAAGAUGUUGGAAAUAGGGAUGAGUUGUGUUGCAAAAACCCCAAGGAAAAGACCUAAAAUGGCCCAAGUAGUGACGAUGAUGGAGGAAAUUACUACGAUAAACGCAAGAAAUCACCUUCGACCGAAGCUUGUAUUUGUUGAGGGCCGUAAUCCUGAUUUUGACCUUGAAGAUAUGUUGCGGGCUUCUGCGGAGGUUCUUGGGAAGGGAACAUUUGGGACUUCAUACAAGGCAACACUAGAAAAUGGAAUUACAAUUGCGGUAAAGAGAUUGAAGGAUGUCAUUGUUACAAGCAAAGAAUUUCAGCAACAAAUAGAGGUCAUUGGAAAAAUGAGGAACGAAAGUGUUGCUACAUUAAUUGCAUACUACUAUUCACGUGACGAAAAGCUUAUUGUGUAUGAUUAUUAUGGUGCGGGGAGUGCAUCUUCCAUGCUACAUGGACAAUUUGGCAAGAGCAAAAUUUCUUUAGAAUGGGAAGCUAGACUAAGAAUUGCAGUAGGGGCAGCAAGGGGUAUUGCUUACAUCCACACACAACUUGGCCAGAAUCUUGUGCAUGGAAAUGUAAAAACAUCGAAUAUUUUUCUUACUGCUCAGGGGUAUGGCUCUGUUUCAGAUGUCGGAUUGGCAACAUUAAUGAGUACAACCUCGUUGCUACAUAUUCGAUCAUCAGGGUAUCAAGCCCCAGAAGUCACAGACACCAAGAAAUUGUCCCAAGCUUCUGAUGUCUACAGCUUUGGAGUCGUGCUUCUUGAACUUCUUACUGGAAAGCCAACUAUACUUUCUGAAGAUAAUGAAAAGGCCAAUCAGCUAGUCAGGUGGGUCACUUCUGUUGUAAGUGAGGAAUGGACUGCAGAAGUGUUCGAUAUAGAGUUGAUGAGGUACCAAAAUAUCGAGGAAGCAAUGGUGAAGGUUUUGCAGAUAGCGAUGGAUUGUGUUAAUAGCGUUCCAGAGCAUAGACCAAAAAUGCCAGAGGUAGUGAGGAUGUUAGAUGAUAUCAGUGGGACGAAUUCGAGAGCCUAA